AUGCCUCGAAGAAGCCAGUUCAUAUCAAAUGCCAUACAUAUUGAGAAGGCUGUUUGCAACUUUGCUGGUACACUUUCUCCAUUAAAUGCUAGAAAGCUAUGGGAGAAAUUUGAACAUUGUCUAUCAGAAGAUUUCAUGAAAAUACCAGAUAUAUCAACUGAUGAAACACGAUACAAGGUUCUAGAACAGAUAAACAAUUUUCUUGAAUCUAUGGGAAGAGAUAUUAACUCAUAUGCCCUGGUUCCAUAUCUUUUAAAUUUUAAUGAUCUCAACAAGAGCACGAGGGACACAAUAGCAGAGACAAGAAUCACUGUGCUAGAGUCUGAUCUGCAAAAAAUUGAUCUAUUAAACAAUGAUCAGAAAACUGCCUUUGAUAUAAUCACUCAUGCAGUCUUCCAAAAGAAACAUGGAUGCUUUUUUGUUGAUGGUCCAGGUGGAACCGGAAAAACUUUCCUUUAUCGAGCAUUAUUAGCUGAGGCAAGAUCCAAAGGAUUCAUUGCGCUGGCUACAGCAUCAUGCGGAGUAGCAGCUUCAAUAUUGCCCGGUGGGAGAACAGCUCACUCAAGAUUUAACAUACCAUUAGAUACAACAAAAAAUAAGAAUUGCAGAAUCAGCAAGCAAAGUUCGUCGGCAGAACUUCUGCAAAAAGCCAGUCUUAUAAUUUGGGAUGAAGCUCCGAUGAUAAAUAAAGGUUCAAUAGAAGCUGUUGAUAGAUUACUCCAGGAUCUAAUGGACUCAAACGCCUUAUUUGGAUCUAAAGUGAUCGUUUUCGGAGGAGAUUUUCGACAGGUAUUACCAGUUGUUCCUAAAGGAACAAAAUCAGAAUUCAUUGAUGCCAGCAUAGUCAACUCAUAUAUAUGGCCACACCUUCAUAAGCUUCAACUUACAGAAAACAUGAGAGCAAGGGAUGAUCCAGAAUUCAUUGAAUAUUUGCUUCGUGUUGGAAAUGGAACAGAGCCUACUGUCAACAACGACUGCAUACAAAUACCUCCAUCAAUGCUGAUAAGAUAUACAAAUGAUGAAGAUUCAAUCAAACAGUUGACUACCACGGUAUUCCCAGAUUUGUCAAUAUUCUCUCAUCAUGAUUUCUCAGCUGUAAAUCGUGCUAUACUCACAACAAAAAAUGAGUUUGUUGAUCAGAUUAAUCAGCAGCUCAUACACGAUAUGCCUGGUUGCAUUCAAGAAUACAUUAGCCGAGACAAAUGUAUUGAAGAUUCUGACCAAACAAUCAUGGAGGACUUCAUAAAUGCCCUAACACCAAAUGGAUUUCCACCUCACAAAUUGAUUCUCAAGCCAAACACUCCAAUUAUGCUCCUCAGAAAUAUUGAUCCGCCCCAAGGACUAUGCAAUGGAACAAGGCUCAUCUGCAAAUCCUUAAAGUCCAAUGUCAUAUAUGCUACAAUAAGUUGUGGAGAAUUCACUGGCAAGGAAGUCUUCCUUCACAGAAUCUGCUUCAGAAUAGAAAAUGAUCCAGAGUCGCCAGUAUCUUUUGAAAGAAUACAAUUUCCUAUUCGACCAUGCUUCGCUAUGACUAUCAAUAAAGCUCAAGGGCAGACUCUAGAUUUUGUGGGAAUAUAUUUACGUGAACCAGUUUUUUCACACGGCCAGUUAUAUGUAGCAAUGUCAAGAGCUAAGAACAAGAGUUCAAUAAAAAUUCUGAUCAAACCAGCUAUAUUUAGCACUGGAGAAGACUCAAUAACACAUAAUGUAGUAUAUAGAGAAGUAUUAGAUUUGGCAAAUGAAUAA